CCACUGUGCACUCCUUCACGGUCACUCGUAAGGCUUUCACGGUUAAUCAGUAAAAGAAGCUUAACUCUGAGAUAUGGAAAUAGCUGUUAUAGCAUUGAUUCUAGCUGUAUUACUUGGAGCUUUUGUUUUGAUACCUCCACACGGUAAAUCAGCUCAUAAGAACAAGGUUAAAUCAAGUGUAGACGAUUCUAAGGCAUCCAAAUCCUAUAGUAAGUCGGAAGUUAUGCUACAUAAUAAGAGGACUGAUUGUUGGAUCAUCAUUAAGGACAAGGUUUAUGAUGUUACCUCAUAUGUAGAGGAGCACCCAGGUGGUGAUGCAAUCUUGGCACAUGCUGGAGAUGAUUCAACCGAAGGGUUUUUCGGGCCUCAACAUGCAACUCGGGUUUUUGACAUGAUAGACGACUUCUACAUUGGAGAUCUUCAGAAGUAAUUUGCAAGCAACUGUCCCCUGCUGGGUUACAAGAUUAGGGAGAAAAACACUUCUUAGGCCUGUGUUAGCCCACUGGUUUAACCUAGGUAUGUGCUUUUUAGCUCAUUUAGUCUUGUUUUAGCACAUUUGAUUGUCGAGUCAAACGAGACUAAUAGAAAAAAGAUUGACGAGUCG